AGAGCUUGGUACAGCCAAGGGUGGCACAGCUGCCCCCAUUUCACUGGCUCCUGGAGUCCAAGGGCAUGGCUGUGGCCCUGAGGCGAGGCCAGGCAUGUAGCUGCCCCACCUGCCCCCCUGUAGUGCUGUAGGGAAGAGUCAAGUCAGACAGGAAGGCCUGGGGCAGAUAGCACCAGCAGGAAGGAAUGCCAUCCCAGUGAGCGAGUGGGGCCCAGGGGCAACGUCACGGUAGUCCCGCCCUCCUUGCUAUCACAGGUGCAGCCUGUCCUGUCCUUCCCCUGACCAACCCAGCAUCCACACAGUCUACACAGUGUUCCUCUUGCUGCCCAGACAAGCUAAAGGACCACAGGAAAAGCCAUGGAGACUUCAGUAUCCCCCUCCCAGCCUCAAGACAACAGUCAAGUCCACAGAGAAACGGAAGAUCUAGACUAUGGAGAGACAGAUUUCCAUAAGCAAGAUGGGAAGGCUGGACUAUUUUCCCAAGAACAGUAUGAGAGAGACAAGUCUUCUUCCUCCUCCUCCUCUUCCUCCUCAUCCUCUUCCUCCUCCUCCUCCUCAGGUCCUGGGCAUGGGGAGCCUGACGUUUUGAAGGAUGAGCUUCAGCUCUAUGGAGAUGCUCCAGGAGAGGUGGUACCCUCUGGGGAAUCAGGACUCCGAAGGAGAGGCUCUGACCCAGCAAGUGGAGAAGUGGAGGCCUCUCAGUUAAGCAGACAGAAUAUAAAGAAAGAUGAUGAGUUUUUCCAUUUCGUCCUCCUGUGCUUUGCCAUCGGGGCCUUGCUGGUGUGUUAUCACUAUUAUGCAGACUGGUUCAUGUCUCUUGGGGUCAGCCUGCUCACCUUUGCCUCCUUGGAAACCGUUGGCAUCUACUUUGGACUAGUGUACCGCAUCCACAGCGUCCUGCAAGGCUUCAUCCCCCUCUUCCAGAAGUUCAGGCUGACAGGGUUCAGGAAGACUGACUGAGGCCACUGCCAGGUGGGCAGCAGAGGCAGGCCCCACUGUGACCACCACUGCGACACCUGAGCCCACAAGGACAGACCGGCAUUCUGAGAGAUGUGCAGGAGAGCAAGCCAGACCAAUAAAAAGAACGCUUUUCCUUCCA